UUUUGUAAUUAUUUCUAAAACUAAGUAACAACUAAGGAACGGCUACGUAAAAUGGCUUCAGGUGAUGGUAUUAGCACUAUAGAUCCGGAUGUUUCCUCUACAUCUAAUACAAAAAUUACCGAAGAUGCUUUGGACUCAAUAUCCGAUUCUCAGAGCAAACAUCGCAGUAAAACUGACAAGGAAAGGAAAAUCGGUCAUAGGCGUGUGGGAGAAGGUGGUGAGAUUACGUAUAAGAAAAUACAAACCUCACAGAUUAUGGGCUCUAUACAAUUGGGUAUACAGCAUACGGUUGGUAGUUUAGCAUCAAAACCAAAACGUGAUUUACUUAUGAUGGACUUUUGGGAAAUUGAAAGUAUAACCUUUCCUCCUGAAGGUUCUAGCCUUACGCCUGCCCACCAUUAUAGUGAAUUCAGAUAUAAAAUAUAUGCGCCUAUUGCUUUUCGUUAUUUUAGAGACUUGUUUGGCAUACAGCCAGACGAUUUUAUGAUGUCGAUGUGUUCAUGUCCUUUGAGAGAACUUUCGAAUCCGGGUGCUUCCGGUUCCAUAUUUUAUUUAACGCAUGACGAUGAGUUCAUAAUUAAAACCGUACAGCACAAGGAGGGUGAAUUUUUGCAAAAACUAUUACCAGGUUAUUAUAUGAAUUUAAAUCAAAAUCCUCGUACCCUCUUGCCGAAAUUCUUCGGUUUGUAUUGUUUGCAAACGAGUAAUGCCAAAAAUAUUCGUUUGGUUGUUAUGAACAAUUUGCUGCCUUCAUAUGUUAAACUACAUCUCAAAUAUGAUCUCAAAGGCUCCACCUUCAAACGUAAAGCAAAUAAGGCUGAGCGUUCCAAAAAGUCACCCACAUUUAAGGAUUUGGAUUUUAUGGAACAUCAUCCAAAUGGUAUACUCCUGGAGGCUGAAACAUAUACGGCUCUGAUUAAGACCAUACAAAGAGAUUGUACUGUGUUGGAGUCAUUUAAAAUCAUGGAUUAUUCCUUGCUAGUGGGUGUACACAAUUUGGAUGUGGCUUCGAAGGAGAAUCAGAAGAUACGAAAGCCUCGUAAGACCUCGCAAUCGGAUUAUUCGGACAACGAGGAGGCCGCCAGAGGAAAUGAUCCCGAUGAAGAAACGCAAAGCAAUAUAAAUCGCAAUAGUUUGGCCUAUAGGUCCAAUCGCCAACGUUUGGUGGCUCAUUCUACAGCCAUGGAAAGCAUACAAGCGGAAAGUGAACCCAUCGAUGAUGAAGAAGACAUGCCACCUGGAGGCAUACCUGCUCGCAGUGAAAAAGGCGAACGACUGCUACUUUUUAUAGGUAUUAUCGAUAUUUUACAAUCAUAUCGAUUGAAGAAAAAACUAGAGCACACUUUCAAAAGUAUCAUACAUGAUGGGGAUACCGUAUCGGUGUGUCGUCCUUCGUUUUAUGCUCAAAGAUUUCAAAAUUUCAUGGCCAAAACAGUAUUUCGUAAAAUACCAUCUCUGGAUCUCCCCGAGAUCAAAGGAAAUCAUAGAAAAUUUCGUACUUUGGUAUCCAGUUACAUAGCUCUUAAACAUUCACCCUCAAAAAGAAAAAGCCUCUCGAAAGCAAUACAACGUUCCAUAGACAGUGAAAACGAGCAAAGAGAACACGGUCAAUCUCAUGGCCACUCGACAGGGAUACAUGCCAAUAAAAAGUCACAUCCUUUGAAUAAAGUGAUGAACACACAUAUGGCUAGCGAUGAAAGACGUUCGGGGUAUGCGGCCAGCUCAGGUUCGUCAGUAUUGAAAAGUAUUCAAGCUCCACCGGUAAAACAACGUUCAGCCGCUGCAUCUAGUAGCGGCUCUACACUUAAAGCCAAAGUUCCACCUCCAGUACCGCCAAGAGGAUCACCACGUAAACGUGAUAGUGAUGCUUAUCAACAACAGGAAGGCGGCUCUUCAAGAGCUCUCUCCACCACUCCAGGCACAACGCCAUCUUGCAGUUCGACACCACCCCCUGCCUUUGAUGACAUUUCCGAGGACAAUAGUUAUAAUAAACAUAGUUCCUCAACGAUUUCAAGGCGAUCUCAUCAACAACAACAACAACAGCAACACCACCACCAUCAUCAUCAUCACCACCACCACCAAAAGUCGCAUCAACACGAAACAUCAACAUCGUCUUCGUCGUAUCCCGAACGUAAAAUGAAUGUGGGUCCUGCCUAUCGUAGUUCAUCGUCUUCGCAAAAAGACGAUAUGGUCAGUGUUUCCGAAAUACAUUUAGACACAUAUUUAGCCGUAGAUACAUCAUCGAGUAGUCACUAUGGUUCAAGGGGCGGCUUAGCCUGGACACCACCAGCGUCUGGUGAGGGAUCAACACCCACCUGGACCGAGGGUACACCAAGUUUUACCGAUUCCAGUUCAAGUGGCGAUUUUGACAAUAAUUCAUUAUUUUCAGAACAUUUCUCUCCAAUUAAUUCAUCGAAAAUGGAUCGUUACAAGCCAACUGUUGAAGAUGCUAUAAACUCUCUGUCAGCGGAAAUAGUUAAUGAUCGCCAUUGAAAUUUUGCAAAUGUAUUCAAGCAACAAAUUGUAUAAACAAUUUACAAACGAGUAUUCAGCAGAUUUCAGUUUUAAGCCAUAAUAGAUAAAUUAAAUGAAAAAUAUUUG